GGUGCUGCACAUUUGGCUGUUCCGUCCGCUCCCUCCACAUACCAGCCCACCACCUCCACGCCCGGCCCAUCAGCACGUAUGACAGGCGGCGACCAACGCCCAGUGGCCACUUCUGACCUCCGCAAACGCCUGCCCCAGCUCCCCCAAGCCUCGACGACCGAGCUGGACCACCUGUCCAUCAUCAUGGGGCUGACGUACAACAUCUACCUCAACUCGUCGCGCAUCUACGGCUGCAAAAACUGCAAGACGCACCUCUCCAACCACGAUGACAUCCUCAGCAGAAACUUCCGUGGCCAGCACGGCAAAGCCUACCUGUUCGACAGCGUCGUCAACGUGACCGAAUCCGACCCCAACGAGCGCAACAUGACGACGGGCCGCCACAUUGUACGCGACAUCCACUGCCGCCAGUGCAAGGAGACGGUCGGCUGGAAAUACGACAAGGCCUACGAGGCGAGCGAGAAGUACAAGGAGGGCAAGUUCAUCCUCGAGGCAGAGCUCUUGUGCACCGUCACCUGACGAGCAGGCCAUACUACACUCGGGUUGGCGUUGGAUUGGCAUGGGCAUUUUGAUGGGAGUUUCGGGAUUGGAUACAACCAUGCGGCCUGGACCAUGCACACGGUGUUUUGUAGGCAUUUGGAUUUUACUGUCCUCUAUCGGCGUUCUGGCGUGUCAGCACGGAAAGAGGUGGAGAGUUGCCUGCCACCUGCCUGCAUGGAGCCGAGGCCCGCUUACAUGGGCGCUGCACUCUGCGACAUCGCACGCACACCACCGCUAGGCCCCUCCAUGUGAAGACUAAUUUCUUUUCUUUCUUUUGGGUUUAUCUAGUCUUAUCAAUGUCAUCGAGUUUGCC